AUGACGUCUCGCUCAUUGCUUAUAACCGGGGUUUCUGGAUACAUUGGCGGGACAAUUCUCUCCUCCAUCCUUAAAGCUCAAGAACAAUGGAGCAAACAGCUGGAAAUCGCCGCACUGGUGCGAAGCGAGGCCCAAGCCGGCACGGUCCAGAAGCUGGGCGUCAAGCCGGUGAUGUUCUCAAGCUUCGAUGAGACAGAUCUAUUGGAGAAGAUCGCCCAGGACUUUGACAUUAUCAUCCACGCCGGCGCAGGCUGGCAUACCCCGUCCGCCAAAGCCCUGAUCACCGGCCAAGGCACCCGAAAGGCCAACACCAACCGUCCAGUCCACUACAUCCAGAUCUCAGGCACCUCCAACCUGAGCGACCGACCCCACACGGACGGCUACAUGGACACCCACCGCUUCUCCGACGAGGAAGACAUCUACUCCUUCGAGAAGUACCGCGAGUCACGCGAGGCCUACCACCAACGUACCACCGACAUCGCCGUCAUCGAGACCGGCGAGGCGGUCGGCGUGACCACGUACAUCAUCAUGGCACCGACCAUCUACGGCCAGGGCACCGGGCCGUUCAACCGCUACUCCAUCCAGCUUCCAGCCAUGAUUGCCGACGCCAUCGGUUCUGGUGCUGUGAGCGUCGUGGAGCAGGGAAACACCAUCUGGAGCCAUGUCCACGUUCAAGACGUGGCGGGCUUGCAUGUGACCUUGCUGCAGAAGAUCUGCACGGAGGUUGAGAUCCCGUCCGGACGGAGGGGCAUCUACUUCUGCGAGACGGGCGAGCAUACGCACGGGGAGUUCUCGGAGCGGUUGGCGAGGGCAGCCCAUGAGCUGGGGGUGUUGCCAACGGCUGAGGUCAAGGAGAUUACCCUAGCGCAGGCGGGGGAGAAGUUGGCUCUAAGCAGUGUCUCGCGGGCGGAGCUGUCUUUUGCUGCGAAUGCUCGAACCAAGGCAGUGCUGGGUAUUAAACUGGGUUGGACUCCGUUGCGUGGCGAGGAGUGGGAGACUACCUUCCGUACGGAGGUUGAGGCAUUCAUCAAGAAUCCGCCACCUGCACGGGAGAUUCCCAAGUUCCUCAAGAAAUGA